CAAUUCAGUACUGUCUUUGUUUAUUGGCAAAGCGUGGUCGACCAAUGGUUGUUCGUCGUUUUGUUAUGUUUGUAGUUUCACGUGUUUUAGGUUUAAAGUAGCUCUCAGACAUAUGCUAAAAUGUUGAGACGAGAGGCUCGAUUACGGAGAGAGUACCUCUACAGGAAGGCCCAAGAAGACAAACUGCGAACAAUUGAGGAGAAAAAACAGAAGCUGAAACGUGCACUUGAUGAAAACAGGCUUAUUCCUACAGAGAUCAGGCGGGAAGCACUUGAGUUACAGAAGCUAGUUGAAUUUGAUGAUGAAGGUGCAGAAGGGGUGCAGAGCCAUGUGGAUGAUGAAUAUAAAUGGGCUGGAGUUGAGGAUCCCAAGAUCAUGAUCACUACUUCAAGAGACCCUAGUUCCAGGCUGAAGAUGUUUGCCAAGGAAGUAAAGCUAGUGUUCCCAAAUGCACAUCGUAUGAAUCGAGGGAAACAUGAAGUUGGAGCACUAGUAAGGGCGUGCAAAGCCAAUGACGUCACAGACCUUAUCAUUCUGCAUGAGCACAGAGGAAUGCCAGAUGCACUGAUUAUCUGCCAUCUUCCAUUUGGCCCCACUGCCUAUUUUACCCUGUUUAAUGUUGUGAUGAGACAUGAUAUUCCCGAUAUUGGUACUAUGUCUGAAGCCUAUCCUCACCUUAUAUUCCACAACUUCACCUCACGGCUGGGUCAGAGGGUCACCAGCAUAUUGAAGUACUUGUUCCCUGUACCCAAAGAUGAUAGCAGACGGGUGAUAACCUUUGCCAAUCAAGAUGAUUUUAUUUCAUUCAGGCAUCAUGUGUACAGGAAACUGGAUCACAAAAACAUUGAACUUAAUGAAGUUGGACCCAGAUUUGAGAUGAAAUUGUACAUGAUCAAACUUGGAACCCUGGAGAAUGAAAACACUGCUGAUGUAGAGUGGCGUCUACAUCCAUAUACACACACUGCCAAGAAAAAGAAAUACCUCAGCACAGAGUGAAUGUGGUUCACUGCUUUUAUUGUUUUAACACAGUGGUUGUAGACUUGACAUAUGCAAAACUCACAAAAGAUGAACCUGUGUUUUUGCAUGGUCUUUGACUUAAAAAGCUGGCACAGGAGUUGCUUUGUUAGGACCAUGGGAAUGAGGCAUCUUGACUUAAAUUUUUUUUUCAGGACUUGAAUUCUUAGAAACAUGUACUUUGGUUGUCAUGUGAAGCAUCUAAUAUGUUUGCAGUGCAAACAGUGUCAGUAUGCUUUAUUUCGGUUUAUUUCAGUUCACAUUUGUACAGUUUUGUCCCAGCUAGCUUCUGAUUCUGGUCUGUCAGUUCUGUAUCAACAGAGCAUAUUGCUGAUCCUUCAGAGACUGGUUUAGUAACUAUAAUGUCAUCCUGCAAACUAAGCUUUAUCGUCAGUGGUUUGAAGAACCAUGAGUGUGUGGCCUUAUGCAAGUCCUAAGGGCAUGAAACAUUUCCUUUUCAUCAUCACGAGCCAGCUACUUAUUAAACCCCCCUUUUUUGGUUAAAAGCCAUACAUAUUCCAAACUGAAUUCAAUCCCCUUCCAGAAAGGAUGAGCAGAUUUUUCUUCAACACUCAAAUCUACAGGUAAAUAGCCUUAUUUCCCAAACAAAAGUUGCUGUCAUCUUAGCAGAAAUCCAUCUUCCUACAGGAGGUGGCAUAUUCAAAUUCUUAUCUCAGUGUGGAUUCUCUUUAAGACUGAAAUGCUGUUUGUAGCAGAAUGUAAAAAUGUUCAUAGUUCAGUUUGCCUGCAGCUUAACACUUCCGGUUGUGGUACACAAGCAGACUCUGUUGUGCAUUAGGAUUAUGGACUUUUUAAACUUGUGAUGUAGUUGAAGUAAGUACACAGUUCUAACCAUGACAUACAUGAAAAAUUACAUCUCUGUACUAUUGAUUUUUGAAUGAAAAGGAUAGCUGUUGUGCUUUUUGUACUGUUAUUAAACACACUACUUUUUGUAGUUUUA